GAUAAAGGAAGUGAGGUGUAAGAUGAUUUGGCGUUCAUUUUAUAAAUGAAGAAACGAAAAAACUAAAAGCCAUUAUAGAGAAGAGAAAGAGAAGCAAUGGCCCGUACAUAAAAUUUCUUGGUUUCGAAAAUCCAAGAAUUACACAGUAACAGGUAUUUGAUAGAGCAAUUCAUCAGAAAAAUUAAGGUAAAUCCGAAUGGAUUCUUCAAUCUUCAAUUCAGAAUACGAUGAAGACUGUUGGGUGAUUCGAGUAAACGAAAUCGUAAGUGAAAGCCACCACUCAGUCUUGAAAAGAAUACCUGUUUGCAUAUUCCAUGUUCCCAAAUCUCUGAGCUGUGGGAAGCCAGAAGCCUUUGUUCCUCAAUUUGUAGCCAUUGGUCCAUACACUCACUUUCGCCCCGAGCUCUAUCCCAUGGAAAGGAUCAAGAUUUUUGCUGCCAAAACGGUUCUAGACCACUUCAACAAACAUGAACUCAAACAAGUAGUCCAAGAAUUCCGCGACUCAGCAAUCUUCAUCCGUGCUGCGUACCACAAACACUUGAGCAUCAAAGAUGAAACCUUGUUAUACACAGUGGGCAUUGAUGCUUUGUUCUUGUUGAAUUUCUUCCACAAGUAUGUCAAUGACAGACAAUCUGGCUCUUUCAUGAGGGGAUUAGGAGAACAAACUCAUUGUCGUGGUCUGACACUAACCAAGGAUGCCAUCNUAAGGGACAUCCUCAUGGUGGAGAACCAAAUUCCAAUGUUCUCCUUGUUGAAUAUCUUGCAGUUUGAAAGCUCCGAACCUACUCAUUCUGUUCAAGAGUACUUGGGUUCGAUGCUCUUGUCAUUCUGUAAACAACACUCUCCACUUAAGUUUACUCACAGCGUCACAUCUUCUGAAGCUGUAUCAAAGCAUUGCCAUGUCUUGGAUCUCAUGUACCAUUUGGUCGUCUCUGAUGCCGUAAACUCUGAAACACCGAUACCUGAUCCAACUGAAGGUACUCCUGAGGUCCAGGAAAGCCCAAAUUAUGAAGCCAUAGCAAUUUCCUUUAAGAAAGUUAGAGGUGUAUUAACAUGGACAUUACGCUCUUUGAGGAAGUUGAAGCGCGUGAAGAAUAUUCCUCUUGGGAAACCCUUUAAACGACAACUAGAUCGAAUAAUAAAAGUGUCCUCUCGACUUGAUAUUCUUUCGUCAAAUAAUUCAAGAUCUUCUUCUGAAGAUGAAGAAGAAAAAGAAGAAGAAGAAGAAGAAGAAGAAGAAGUUCAUAUGAUUAUCAACGUCCCUUGUGUGCGUGAACUUCAUUCAGCCGGGGUCAUUUUCCAACCCGUGGAAGGUGGCAACAUGGCCAUUGAAUUUGACGAAACAAAGGGCAUAUUUUACCUCCCUGUGGUGAAACUGGAUGUGAACUCUGAAGUGAUAAUGAGAAACCUCGUGGCUUACGAGGCCUUGACCCAACCAGACUUUCUCAUCUUCACNAGGUACACAGAACUGAUGAGGGGAAUCGUAGACAGUGUGAAGGAUGUGAAGCUGCUGAUGAAGGCAGGGAUCAUAGAGUCAGGUAGCAGUCUCGCUGUGGAAGAAAUUGAUGAACUAUUCAACGGAAUGAGCAAAUCCAUUCGACCCGCCAAAACAUACAAGUUAGAUGAGACUAUUAAUAAAGUGAACAAGUACUACAAUGAUAAGAGGAAGGCCAACUUCUUCAAGGCCUCAACGGAUUAUGUGUACAGAUCAUGGAAGUUCUUCACACUUCUUUCCACCUUUCUUCUCUUGGCCAUGACGGCUAUUGAAACCUUUUGCGCAGCUUAUGAUUGUAAAGGGUAUUUUAAAGCCAUAUGAGGUUUUCAUAUCUCUUCUACUUUUGCUAGAAUGGUUCGGAGUGUAUAAUGCUUCUGUAAAAUUAAGUACAGCUUAAGUUAUACCUUCAUAGAAUGUUAUAAUGUAUGUUUGAUGUGUUACCCAACUGAAACCAUCUGUUAUGGUUUCGGGUGUACAAUGAUUCUGUAAAAUUAAGU